AGGCCUGGGUUUUUCGUAGGUAGUGUGUGAUUUGAGAAGGGCGGAGAGGGAGGUCCAGAAGAUCUUCCAGUUCCGGCAAUGGAAGGUGAACACAAGCAGCGAAAUUGGAUGGUGGAACCACCCACUGACCGCCCAGUUCGUGUCUACGCCGAUGGUAUAUAUGAUCUCUUUCACUUCGGUCAUGCUCGUUCCCUUGAGCAAGCCAAGAAAUCGUUUUCAAAUACUUAUUUGCUUGUUGGAUGUUGCAACGACGAAGUCACCCAUAGACUAAAGGGUAAAACAGUCAUGACUGAUCAGGAGCGUUAUGAAUCUCUUCGCCACUGCAAGUGGGUUGAUGAAGUUAUUCCAGAUGCACCCUGGGUGCUUUCGCAAGAAUUUAUUGAUAAACAUCGUAUAGACUAUGUGGCUCACGAUUCUCUUCCGUAUGCUGAUGCAAGUGGUGCUGGACAAGACGUUUAUGAAUUCGUCAAGUCCAUUGGAAGAUUUAAGGAGACAAAACGGACAGAUGGGAUUUCUACAUCAGAUAUAAUCAUGAGAAUUGUCAAAGACUACAAUGAGUAUGUGAUGCGCAACUUGGAUCGAGGAUACUCAAGAAAAGAUCUUGGUGUUAGCUACGUGAAAGAAAAGAGGUUGAGAGUGAACAUGGGCUUAAAGAAGCUACGUGAAAAAGUAAAAAAGCAACAAGAAAAGGUGGAAGAAAAGAUCCAAACAGUGGCGAAAACUGCUGGUAUGAAUCAUAACCUGUGGGUGGAGAACGCUGAUCGUUUGGUUGCUGGUUUUCUUGAAAUGUUUGAAGAGGGUUGCCAUAAAAUGGGAACAGCCAUCAGAGACAGAAUACAGGAACAGUUGAAGGCAAAUGCAAAUAGGAGGGGACUUGCUAAUGGCAACGAUGAAGAUGAUGAUGAAUAUUAUUACGAUUAUAGCACCGAAGAUGAAGAAGAUUACUCCAAUGGUGCCGAAGAAAUAGCAUCAGCAUGAAUACGGAAGUCUGGCCAUACCUUCGUAUGGACUAUAUAUAGGUUGUGAUAUGAAUUGGGUUUAUUUCUACUGUACGAUAAAAAUUUGCAGCCCCGUUUCAUUUCGAAAUGUACGAAAUCGAACUCUUGCAGAAAGUUGUGUUUUGGACUAUAUUUUUGCUGUAGUUUUAGACAAUUUGUUUGGCAUAUAGUCUUGGUCUAGUUUUGUGGGGUAUUCAUUGGAAAAAUGUCCAUUGUACUUUGCU